AUGAGGAGGUGGCAAAGAACUCAAGACCUAAAGUCCCACCCCUUUGGUGAAAAGGUUUUAAAAGAACACUAUGAAAUCUUGACAACACUUGGCGAGUGAGGAUUCAGGGAAGUAAAACUGGCUAGCCAUCUACUUACCCACACAAGGGUAGCAGUAAAAAUUCUUCCAAAAGGCAGAAGGAACACAUUCAUCAAAUCAGAAAUUGAAAUUAUGAAAAACCUUGACCACCCGAACAUUAUUAAACUUUUGCACAUAAUAGACACCACAAAUAACAUUUACAUUGUUAUGGAACAUGCCACGGGUGGAGAGCUAAUGCACAGGAUUAUGGAAUUCGGCUACCUACCAGAAGAGGAGUCCUGGAGGCUAUUUAAACAGAUGGUAUCUGCCCUCAAGUACUGUCACCAAAAAGGAAUCACCCUCAGGGAUUUAAAACCACAAAAUAUUCUGGUGGACCACAAAGAAAAUAUAAAACUUAGUGAUUUUGGUUUAGGCACCAAACUUCUCAUGGGACAGAGGCUGGCAGCUUUCUGUGGGAUCCUCCCUUAUUGUGCCCCAGAACUGUUUGAAGGUCAAGGCUACAAUGGCCUUGCAAUUGACAUCUGGAGUCUAGGUGUUGUGCUCUACUAUAUGUCCACAGGGUGCCUGCCUUUCCAGGGAAAUACUUAUACCGGACUGAAACAGAAGAUCAUGGCAGGGAAGUAUUCUCUUCAAUUCAAGCUGUCACCAGAGCUUUGGGACAUGAUUGCCAAGUUAUUAACUGUAAACCCUGGACAAAGACCAAGAAUAGAUGAUGCUGUGAGCCUUCCAUGGCUAAAGCAUGGCAGUGAAGGUCCUUCAGAGAGUGCCGACAGCCACCCAGACCCCACUGUAAUGGUCAUCAUGGGUGUAAUGGGAUAUAAGCAACGGGAGAUAAAGGAAGCUUUACAGGAGAAGAAGUUUGAUCAGGUGAUGGCUACCAUGUCCUUGAGGCUCACUUCAUGA